AUGCCGACAAGACAAUGCCACGAAUACCUGUUCGUCGCCAACACUUCACAACAGCCAUACAUGCUGCCUACGCGGCGUCUCUACAGCAGCAACCACUUGCAUGGCUUCAUCGAGUCUGUCAUGGCGGCGUGCCACUACAAAGUGGACCUGCGCCAACGCGUUCUGAAGCUCACAUGGCUUCACCUUCGCUUUGAAGGAGGGGACACUUCCUGUGUCUCGAAUGCACGGUUGGAGGGCGGGCGAUUUGGCACCUCGAUCUGUUGGAACGAUUUGAAGAGUCCGCGGGUUGGGAUAUCGUCGCGCCUAAGGACUUUUCCGAUUGCCGAUUUGUUCAUGCAGCCGAUACUCUUUUGCAGCCCAUCGAGCAAACUCGUAGUAGGCUGCAUGGGGAUGUCCUUGGACGCUUCUCGAGCAGCACGUUCGAGCGCGUCGUUCGCAAUUUCAACGAUUUGGAGAUGGCAUGCAUCGACCAGCUGCACGUCCAUGUCAAUUGGCACCACCGUCUCCAUGGGGUUUCCAUCCAUGUAG